UGUGUGACUGGGAAAGCAGCGGCCGCCAUUUCAGGGAGUUGCAGACACUGUCGCGGUUGGCUACCGAUUUGCCGCAGCCGCCGCCCUGCUUCACCCGCGCGGGCUCUUCUAAUCCCAUUAUUCUCUUUUAGAUCCGCUCCGGCCCUGCCGCCCUCAGCGCCCGAAACUCGGGCUGGGCGGGCGGGACGGACCGCGGCCUGGGUCCAGGCCGCAGCGGCUUAACAGUAGCCCCGGCGGCAGCUACAGCGGCAGCGCCUCCCUGAGACGCGAGCACCACACUUGCUCGAGAGCCCGCACAGGUGUUCUGAAAGAAUGGCAGACGAUAUUGAUAUUGAAGCAAUGCUUGAGGCUCCUUAUAAGAAGGAUGAGAACAAGUUGAGCAGUGCUAACGGCCAUGAAGAGCGUAGCAAGAAGAGAAAAAAAAGCAAGAGUAGAAGUCGAAGUCAUGACCGAAAGAGGAGCAAAAGUAAGGAACGGAAACGAAGCAGAGACCGGGAGAGGAAAAAGAGCAAAAGCCGUGAACGGAAACGUAGCCGAAGCAAAGAACGAAGACGAAGUCGUUCUAGAAGUAGAGAACGCCGUUUCAGAGGCCGAUAUCGAAGUCCCUACUCCGGACCAAAAUUUAACAGUGCCAUCCGUGGAAAGAUUGGGUUGCCUCAUAGCAUCAAAUUAAGCAGACGCCGCUCAAGAAGCAAAAGUCCAUUCAGAAAAGACAAGAGCCCUGUGAGGGAACCUAUCGACAACCUUACUCCAGAAGAGAGAGAUGCCAGGACUGUGUUCUGCAUGCAGCUGGCAGCAAGAAUUAGACCAAGAGAUUUGGAGGAGUUUUUUUCUACCGUAGGAAAGGUCCGUGAUGUAAGGAUGAUUUCUGAUAGAAAUUCCAGAAGAUCCAAAGGAAUUGCUUAUGUAGAGUUUGUUGAUGUUAGCUCAGUGCCUCUAGCAAUAGGAUUAACUGGCCAGCGUGUCUUAGGAGUGCCUAUCAUUGUACAGGCCUCACAGGCAGAAAAGAAUAGAGCAGCAGCAAUGGCAAAUAACCUACAAAAAGGAAGUGCUGGACCUAUGAGACUUUAUGUAGGAUCAUUACACUUUAACAUAACUGAAGAUAUGCUUCGGGGAAUCUUUGAGCCUUUUGGCAGGAUCGAAAGCAUUCAGCUGAUGAUGGAUAGUGAAACUGGUCGAUCCAAAGGAUAUGGAUUUAUUACAUUUUCAGAUUCAGAGUGUGCCAAAAAGGCAUUAGAACAACUGAAUGGAUUUGAAUUAGCAGGAAGGCCUAUGAAAGUUGGUCAUGUUACUGAACGUACUGAUGCUUCCAGUGCCAGUUCAUUUUUGGAUAGUGAUGAGCUGGAACGGACUGGAAUUGACUUGGGAACAACUGGUCGUCUCCAAUUAAUGGCAAGACUUGCAGAAGGUACAGGUUUACAGAUUCCUCCAGCAGCACAACAAGCUCUGCAAAUGAGUGGAUCUUUAGCAUUUGGAGCUGUAGCAGAUUUACAAACUAGACUUUCCCAACAGAGUGAGGUUACAGCUCUAGCUGCAGCUGCUUCUGUUCAGCCUCUUGCAACACAGUGUUUCCAGCUUUCCAAUAUGUUUAACCCUCAAACGGAAGAUGAACUUGGCUGGGAUACAGAAAUAAAGGAUGAUGUGAUUGAAGAAUGUAACAAACAUGGAGGAGUCAUUCAUAUUUAUGUUGACAAAAAUUCAGCUCAGGGCAAUGUGUAUGUUAAGUGCCCCUCAAUUGCUGCAGCCAUUGCAGCAGUAAAUGCAUUGCAUGGAAGAUGGUUUGCUGGUAAAAUGAUUACAGCUGCAUAUGUACCUCUUCCAACUUAUCACAACCUCUUCCCUGAUUCCAUGACAGCAACACAACUACUGGUUCCCGUUAGACGAUGAAGGAGGAUUUAGUCCCUUAUGUACAUAGCUUUUUUUUUUUUUUUUUUUUUUUAAAGAGGAUUCAAACCUGAGUUAUCUUUUAUUUAGGUAAAACAAAAGGAAAGGGUCUACUGUCAUUUGUAUGUGAUUCCUGUUACCUUGCCAGAAGGAGAGAAAGAUAUGAUAGCAGGAAUGCAGUGUGCUCAUUCUCCCUAACUAGCAAUUUCCACCUUAUACAAAGCUGUUUUCUUGUUCUGCCUUGUAAAUGUACAUUUAGAACAUUGACUAAGGUGAUCUGUAGGAAUUGAGAAAUAGCUUAGAUAAAUGUACUUUUCUGUAAAAGGCAGACAAGGAUGUAAUGAUGUUUUUAAUGUUUCAGAAGCCUAACUUUUUAUGCAGCAGUUACAUUUUACAUUUCACUAAAUGAAUUUUGACACUUGGCUAAUGGUUUAACAGAAAUAUGGUUUCUGGAAUACGUAUUUAGUGUUCUGUAUAUGGGAAAUUCAAAGACAACUAAAUGAGUCCUGGCUUUAGUCAGUAAUUCACCUUGCAUUAUGAUAAACAAUUGGCAAGAAAGGGAGAUUCAAAGAUUCAAUUUCUUGAUGGUAACUUUUCAAUUAAUGUAUCUGUAAAAGUUUCUUUGUAAAUACUGUGUGUUCUGGUGUGUCUAAGGUUCCAAACAAAAUGAUCCCUGCAUUUCCUCAAAUGUACAGAUAAGUGUGGUAAGCAACACAGUCUGAGCAGGAAACAGGAAAUGCAGAAAUAGGUUUUGUCUGGUUGCAUAUAAUCUUUGCUCUUUUUAAGCUCUGUGAGCUCUGAAAUAUAUUUUUGGGUUACUUCAGUGUGUUUGACAAGACAGCUUGAUAUUUCUAUCAAACAAAUGACUUUCAUAUUGCAACAAUCUUUGUAAGAACCACUCAAAAUAAAAUUCUCUUUAAAAGGC